AACGCCGUCGCUCGCGCACAUUAGCUUGAUCUGAGACCCGUCUUAGGCCGUGCCACGGGCCGCCAACUGCUCUCUUCUGCUUAGGAACGAUGGGCGCAGGACAAAGGCGGCAAUCAAUAUGUGCACGUGGGGCGGGGCGGGGGCUGCGUGCAACUGAGCCACAAUGGCUUGUCAGGCGACCGACCGACCGAUCGAUCGAUGACCCGAUCGGCGCCCUACUUACGCACGUGUUUCCGGCCAGUCUGGACACAGAGGCCUGGGGCUUAAUCACACUUUCAAUCUUUUCAUCUUACCUCCCGUGCCUGGGCUCAGGCCCCUCGAAGGCGGACGGCGGCCCGGACCCCGGCGCUGACACCCUGAGCCACUCUCUGGCGCUGGUGGGGCGCCUGGAGGCGCUACUGCUCCAGGGCAACGGCAGCGACGCCACGCUGCGGCUGGAGACGCCCAACGGCGACGAGGUCAAGCUGAUGGCGGUCCACGCGCUGGUUCUGUCGCUGCAGAGUCCGGUGCUGGCCGACCUGCUGCGGGAGCACAACGGCAGCGCGCUGACGCUGCGCGAGAGCCCGGAAUGCGCCGCCGUCUUUGAAAAGUUCAUCAGGUACCUGUACUGCGGCGAGAUCUCCCUGCGGCCGGAGCAGGCCACGGCCCUGCACCGGCUGGCCACCAAGUACCAGGUGGCGGCGCUGCGGCAGGGCCUGAGCCGCUACAUGAGCCUCAACCUGGCCCGGGAAUCGCCCUCGGGCCACGUGGCGGGCUGGUACGAGUACGCGGCGGAGGCGGGCGACGUGGCGCUGCGGGACGGCUGCCUCCGCUACCUGGCGUGGAACCUGUCGUCGGUCCUGCGGAGCGGCGAGUGGAGCGGCCUGAGCUCCCGGCUGCUCAUGACGCUCCUGCGGCGCUCCGACCUGGUGGUGCACAGCGAGAUGGAGCUCUUCUCCGGGCUGGAGGAGUGGAUCUCGCGCAACCGCCCCGACGGGCUGACAGCGGAGAACGCGCUGCGAGCCGUGCGCUACGCCAUGAUGCCGCCCCGGGAGCUCUUCCGCCUACAGAGCCAGUCGGCCGUCUUGGCCCGCUACCGGGAGUCGGUCCGGGACCUGCUCUACCUGUCCUACCAGUUCCACGCCGCCUCCCCCGUGCACAUGGCCAAGUACUUUGACCUCAACUGCAGCCUGUUUGUGCCGCGCAACUACCUGGCGCCGCCGUGGGGGUCCGCCUGGGCGGUGAGCAACCCGGCUCGCGACGACCGCAGCACCAGCUUCCAGACGCAGCUGGGGCCCAGCGGCCACGACGCCGGCAAGCGGGUGACCUGGAACGUGCUGUUCUCGCCCCGCUGGCUGCCGCUCAGCAUGAGGCCCACGUACGGCGGCGAGACGGGCGCCAUGCAGCCGGCGCGGGGGGCCGAGGGUGGGCGCCCCCGCGUCAUCGUCACGCCCGCCACCUCCAGCGCCGACUUUGCCGGGGUGAGCUUCCAGAAGACGCUUCUGGUGGUGGCGCGCCAGCAGGGCCGGCUGCACGUCAAGCACGUCUACGACUUCCACCAGAGCACCGAGGAGAACGGCGACUUCCUGGCAGACGCCGACCUGCACCGCCGCACCUCCGAGUACCUGGUGGACGGCUCCCUGAUGCUCCACGUGGUGGUCAAACCCAUGUACCAGAGCCUGGUGGCCAGCAAGAACUGAUCCACAGCUUGAGUUUCUUCACCUCUCCGUGUUAACUGAACGUCUGGUGCUAUUAUUGACGUCCGAGCCAUUCGCUCGAUUGUAGAUCCCCUCCCUCCUUCCGUCGAAUAAACAUCAAACCUUCUAUUCUA